UUCUCUGAUAAAUUUGAGAACUAUUUUAGAAUGUCAUCAACCCAGUUUGAAGAAUUGUUGUGUUUAAUUGGUCCUUAUAUUUGCAAAAAAAAAGUAGUAAGAGAAACUAUCUCGCCAUCAGCACGACUUGCACUGACACUAAGAUACUUAGCAACGGGAGAUUGUUUAAGUUCAAUAUCUUAUCAAUACCUUGUUGGUUUCUCAACAACUGUGAAGAUAAUAGAAGAAACAUGUCAAAUUAUUUGGGAUAUUUUGAAACAAAAAGUACUCCCAUAUCCACUAAAUACUGCUGACUGGCUCAAAAUAGCAAAUGGCUUUGAAGAACAAUGGCAAUUUCCGCAUUGCAUUGGUGCAAUUGAUGGAAAGCAUGUGAGAAUACAGUGUCCAGACAAUGGUGGUUCAUCAUAUUUUAACUAUAAAUAUCAUCACAGCAUCGUAUUAUUAGCUAUUUGUGAUGCUAACUAUUCUUUUACUUUUGUGGAUAUUGGCGCUUAUGGUCGGCGCAGCGACGGAGGUAUAUUUCGUGACUCUGAAAUGGGUAAAAAGUUUGAGAAACGAGAGAUGAAUGUUCCAAAACCGGAGCUGCUAACGGUUGAUGGCAUGCCUUUACCAUAUGUAUUAGUUGGUGACGAAGCUUUUCAGUUAACUAGUUUUUUAAUGCGACCAUAUCCUGGAAGAGGUGGUCUUAAUCAAGAGCGUCAUAUUUUCAACUAUCGGCUUAGUCGUGCUCGAAGAACAAUAGAAAAUGCUUUUUGCAUAUUGGUUAGUCAAUGGAGAAUAUUGAAAAAACCAAUAGAAUCUACUGUUGAGAACGCAGUGAAGAUUGUUCAAGCAGUAGUAGUUCUUCACAAUUGGCUUAGAAAAUCUGAUAAUGAUAAUACUUACAUUCCAUCUGAAAUGGUAGAUAAUGAUGGACCAAAUGGAUUUGUACCUGGACUUUGGAGAAAAAACAGCGAUUCCGCUCUAGAGGACAACAAAGCUUAUGGUAACAAUUUUAGCAGUCGCAUAGCUACACAAAUUAGAGAAGAAUUCUGUGACUACUUUAACUCAGAAGGAGCUGUUCACUGGCAAUACAACAGAAAUUAA